UGAGUGUUCGCCGUAGGAUACGGUUUCCAGGUUCAACGAUCCACUCCACACGCACCCCUUCUUAGUCUGUCGGUCGCCAGAGCAAUGUUGCCGACGUUACCUCGCUCGAGCCGGAAGGAGUGACAAGCUGCGACAUUUCGCGUAUGGUGUCCCUUCAGCCGCGCAACAGCGGCUCCCCCAAGGUCGCUACGCGAUCGUCGUCGUCGGAUGGCGGCAAGCCGCGCUUUCUGUCGGCCGCCAUGUCCGCCGUCACGGAGCGCAACCGCUUCACGGAGAUCGUCUUCGCGGCGCUGCUGCUAUCCGCUUCGCUGCGCAUCUGGCUCGACCUGCGCCUCCACGCCCCGCGCGCCGCCUCCCUCCCCUGCCACACCGACGGCUCGCUUCAGCUGACCGACCAAUCGGUGUCAGCCACGUCAGCAUACCGCAACGACAGCGUCGUAGCGCUGCCCGGUCGCGCGUGGCGGCUGCCGGCGGGAGUAGCGCGGUCGUACGGCGGGCUGGGCGGCGGCAAGGUGGACCCGGCGCGCUUCCGCCUGCACGUGAAGGUGCUGGUCUUCGACCGCCCCGCGUACGCCCUGCGCUGCCUGCGCGCGCUGGCCGACGCGCUGUACGACGCGGAGCCCGUGUACCUCGACGUCUUCGUCGACCACCCCUUCGCGCUGCGCGCCGACGCCGCGCCCUGGUCGCCGCGCACCGCCAGACGCGUGGCGGCCUCCCAUUCGCUGAUGGCGCAGAUCGACGCGUUCGCGUGGCCGCACGGGCCGAAGCGCGUGAUGUACCGGUCGCAGAGCGCGGGGCUGCAGGGGCAGUGGGUGGAGGCGUGGUGGCCAGAGAGCCUUGCUGACGUGGCGCUGAUAGUGGAGGACCACGUGGUGGUGUCGCCCCUGUACUACCGGUACCUGAAGCGCCUGCUGGCGCGGUACUACUUCCGGCGCGGCGAGUUCGACCCGCACAUGCUGGGCGUCUCGCUGCAGCGCCAGUCCUUCGCGCUGCUGCCCGGCCCUUGGCAGCAGUUCCGCGUGUGGCUGGACGAGCGACGCUACAACGGCAGCCGGCAGCCGACUGUGGGGGGACUGAAGACCACGCAGUGGUUCAAAGAUAAGGGCAACCGGCGGUGGUCGCCGUGGGCCAUCAAGUGGGCGUACAGCCACGCCAUGCUCUCGCUCUACCCGCCGCUGCCCGCCAACCUCUCCCUCGCCUUCCCCCUCAAGCGCUCCGCAUCCCCCGCCGACGCCCCCCUCGUGCCCCUGCUGCCGGGGAUGGGCGCACCUGGAGGGAGGGCACAGCUGGGGGGCACGGGUGGAGGAGGCGGGGGCGGAGAGGAGGGGGGCGGGGAGGGGGGGGUGGAGGGCGCAGUGAGGGCGUGGGUGGAGGGGCGGCUGCCGCGCAUGGCGCAGGUGCGGCGCUUCGACCUGUGUGCGCGCCAGCUGAGGCACCUGCCCGUGGGGCGGUCGCUGGACGAUCUGCACUCGCUGCUGGCCGCCACGCACCAGGACAAGCGCGUCUCGCUGGUGGUGGUGCCGCGGGGAUCCAAGGACCUGCUCAACAACUGGCUCUGCCACCUGGACGGCAGCGGCCUGCGCUCAUUCGUCCUCAUCGUCCCCCAUGCCAGCCUGGCAGCUGAGCUGUCCGCACGUGGCCUCGCAGCCUUCCACCUGCCGCCAAUCAGCAGGCGCCAGGCGGCACAGGGGCUGGGGCAGCUGGCAGCGAGGGGAGGGUUGAAGGCAGUGAGGGAGAAGGAGGUGCAGGGGGGGAUGGAGGAAGGGGAGGAGGGGGAGGAGGUGGACGCUGGUGGAGCAGUGGAGGGGGAAGGGGGGGAGGAGGAGGAGGAGGAGGAGGAGGAGGAGGGAGGGCAUGCAGAGGGGGGACGGGCGCAACUGGGCUUUGAUGUGUCCCUCAGCAACGUGGACGCCGUGUGGCGGGGCGACCCCAUGGCCACAGACGCCCAGGGGCUCAUCCCUGCUGACGUGGACAUGUGGGGCCACCUCAACACUGCUGAUGUGGCCUCCAGCUAUUUUGUGAUUCGCUCCCGUGCUGCUACAGUGUCAGCAUGGGGCCAGCUGGCAAAGCUGUGUGCGCAGGCGUCCAAAGGGGGAGCCAAGGGGGGCAUGGACAGGGGGGAGGUGGGGUGUGGGGAGCCCGGGAGUGGCGUGCAGCAGAGGCAGAUGCGCGUGCUUCUGACUCAGGCAAUGCACUUCAAAGAGGUGCCCUCCAUACCCUUCACACGCGACGGAGCCGCGCGAGUGCCCAAAGGCACACUGCUGCGCCUUGCUACCACCCCAAUCCCUGACGAAGGGUGGUAAGGUAAAAGCAAUGGACAGCAUUGGACUUGGGUGAUUGAUGACUUUGACCUUGCCUGUAAGGCUGUGACAUGCAAAAGGAGGUUGUAUACUGCUGGUUCUGAUUAAUACGAGUGUAUUCUAGAUUGGAAGUAUUAAA